UUUAUCGCAAAUAGCUUUUUACCGACUGAGGGCGCUCUCUUGCAAAGCAUCAUGGGAUGCAGAACGGAGCAUUGCAAUUUUGCAGUCCCGGAUGUUGAAGCGCGCAAAGCGCGCAAUUCAAUCGAAAAUCAUCAUGGCUACAAUCGGACACGACAAAUUUCUUUCCUUAACAGUUGACGAAUUGCAGAAAUAUUUAAGAGAGAGAGGAGUUCCUGUUGGCGACGAAAAACGCGCAGAACUAGCGGAGCGAGCUUUCUGGGCUGACAAGCUUGGAUUGACCGUGAAACCCACCGACAAAGUCGCCGAGCAAGAAAUCGAAGCAUCGAAGAGCGCGAAGCUGAUUCUCGAUGGUGGCAUGGUCCGACUUCCGCGGCCGGAGACGUUGACAGAGGGUUGGGAAGAUGGCCCAGCAAGCCUCCCAGAAACUUGUAGAGAUCACCUGGAUAGCUACAUCAAAGCUGGUAACCGACGAAUUGGACUGAUAAAGACAGAAGGGAGGCGAACUCUUGCACUUGGAAAGAGUCUGUACAUGUCCCGCCAUGUCCGUGCACUCCAGUACCAUGGCAUCAGUGUGAAUCUGUGCUACUGCUUCGUUCGUGGAAAGGUAAUACCUCAAGUAAAAACUUCAGAGCAGACAUACUUCACCUGGGUUGUGCUGCACAAGGAGACGGGACAGGUCUGCACAGCUGAAUGCACAUGUUGUGUUGGCAUCCAAGCAACUUGCAAACACAUCGCUGGUCUACUUUUUGCUGUUGUGGAGUCCGUUGAAGAAGGGAGGAAUGCUUCCUGCACCUCACAAAGGCAGGCAUGGGGAAGAGCACCAAAGAAAGGCGAGGUCGUCCACGAUGCCGAGUUUGCUAAAAACAUAAGUAUUAUUGGCGUGAAGGCCGAUGUCACACAGCAGCUGCCUGAAUCCAACCGAAUGUACCGGUCGGAGUUUGACCCACGCACCGCAGCAUAUCGAGUUCACAAGCCAGUGUCCAGCUUCAACCUUGAUGCGCUGGCAUCGAUAACGAAUGGAAACUGUGGGCUUCUGAUGUACAACAAGCCAAAGCCGGACCCACAUCACCAGCUCCCCAACAUCAAAUACGUUAAGACGGAGGAAACAGUAGAGACCAGCUGCAGAGUUUUGAAUGUUUCCGAGGCAUUCGAGAUAGCCAAGCCAGGGGAUGCAGACAGCAUCAUAGAUCUCUUACGCGUCACCAAGCACCAGCAGGCAGUCCUAGCAAAGGAGACAGCGAGGCAGGCAGCUUCAUCAUUGUGGGCCGAGCAACGGCAAGGCAGGGUGACUGCAAGUGUGGUAGGAGAUUGUGUCGGAUGCGUCAAGGAUGAUGGGAGUCUCUCUGGCCAUUCGCAAGUGGCGAGAGUACUGAAUUACUAUGGGUCACCGAGAUCAGCAGCCCUCGAUUGGGGUAAAACCCAAGAACCGGUAGCCAAGAAACAAUACGUUGCAUGGCACAGACUGCAUCAUCAACACAAAGGUGUUGCAUGUGAUGACACAGGGCUGUGGAUCAGCACCGAAUGCCCUUAUGUGGCUGCCUCUCCUGAUGGCAUUGUGAGAUGUAAGGAAUGUGGAACGGGUCUCUUGGAGAUCAAGAACCCGUAUACACAUAGACUUCUAGACAUAGAAGCAUUGUCCACGAAAAAGGGCAGUUGCCUCACUAUGGAGAAUGGCGUUCUUCAACUGAGACGGUCCCAUCAAUAUUACGCCCAGGUUCAAGUUCAGAUGUGGUGUACAGGGUACAAGUGGAGCGAUUUCGUCGUACGAACUGUUAGCAAGUCUAACAAUAUAUAUGUUGAGCGCAUACUGUUUGAUGAAGAGUAUAUUGCCAACAUUCAGCCCAAACUGUAUACUUUCUUUGUAAAUGGAGUUGUAGCUGAGCUGUUAAGUGGGGCCAUCCGCAAAGUUGUUACGGAUAAAUCUGUCCGCAAAGUGAUGGAGUCGAUUCUAGUUCGUAUCGAGAAGAGUAGACCAUCAUCGAAUGCUGUGCAUGUAGCUUAUCCUUGUGGGGUUUGUAACGAGGAAUGCGACAGUGAUCCGGGAGAAGACGGCCGUAGCAGUAUUGGCUGUGAUGUGUGCAACCGCUGGUUCCACUACAGCUGUGUUGGAAUUCAGGGAUCAGAAGGAUUCCUGAAGAAAAGGAAAUCGGUAUGGAAGUGCAGCGCAUGCAACUCCAAAACAAAGGGCAAGAAGAGGAAGCGGCAGCCAAGGGCUACUUAA